AUGCUCGCCGCCCGGCUAGCCCGACACGCUGCCGGGACGUCUCAAGUCGCCCCUAAACUCUUGAGGGCAUCACCCGUGUCUGUUCGAGGCUCGCGUGCGUUCACAUGGUCGCCCAUCGCGCUCAACAAGCCGAAGCGGAUCCUGGUGCGCGGAAGGCAUGUAGCUGUUCCAGACGUCGACUACCUGGGCCAACCCCUUGCGGAUUUUGCAAAGACACUUCGUCAACAGGACCCAUAUGAUCGUAUUAGGUUCACCCCUCCCCCGUCUGUCAGAUCCGGUGUGGGGCUCUCCGGCGACUACCAAAUGGAUGGUUACAUUUAUGAUGCACUGGGAACUGGUGGUAUGACAUUAUCAAAGCACCUCAUCCCGUGUUACAGCGUCCACUUCUAUAUCGACCGGCACCUCAACAUAACAUAUGACCGUAGAUACCCCUCGGGUUGGCGCAGGAGUGGCUUAACAUGGUCUAUGUUCAACAUCGCUGCAGUGGGCAAAGAACACUGGGCACACGGUGCCAUGCUGCUUCACUACAGCCAGCACGAGCGAGAAACGCUUAUACCUGGCGCCCUGGAAGGCAACGAAUUGUACGAGACGUCCUUACUCGAUGAUGGCCGCUUUGACGGGAAUGUGCCACUCUUCGCCCGACCACCACCUGCUCUGGGUCGUGGCGCGGCAGACAGGAUUCGCCAGAUGCAGCCCUUUUUAGUGCGGCCCUCCCCACGGUUGUUAGAGGCACCCGAGGCAAAAGGAGACCCUGUGAGUUUGCUCUAUCACUCUGUCCCGUGGCUUAUGCAUCAGAUGGCCUAUGCAUUCCCUCACUACCGUGUCGUCUACAGAGUCGUAACGGACGAUGGAGGAACGCAUGUGUUUGACCCGGCCUACAUGAAAGGAGGAGGCCGCUUGAAUGAUGAGCCGGUCAAGAGUAUUGGACCUCAUUCCGCCAGGGCUCGUCUACCUGGUGACACUGGUCGUUGGAAGGUGCCGUUCUACAUCGGUUCCGCAUCGGGGGACAAUAGCAAAGAAAUAGCUGGCUACAACUACCUGGACGAGCCCGCCGCCGCAGAGUUCCAUAGGGUUGUCCUGCAGACAAUGCAGGCCGAGAUGUCGCCCGACACCUGGGAAAACCCUCACAUGUUUCCCCUCAACGACCCGACACAUAAACGAGCUGCAGCAGUACCGGUCCUAAACCAUUGGAUUACGGUUGUGCAUCAGAAGAAUACCGACGAAGUGCCCCCACCGCCAUUGUUCUUUACUCGUCCACCACCCCCUCCGCCGGUUCUCUCGGCGCAUUUGCUCACGAAGUCGCCACCCCCGAAGCGCCCCGUACGGCCCAUACAGAAACCGCCCGCGGCACCAGUGCGGACACCCCUCAACCCCAACCUCUUUAGGUCCGAUCAGAGCCGCCACAAGGUCACAAGAAAUGUGAACGACGCGCUCCGCGACAGGGUCCAGCAGCAGCAGGCUUCGGCGCGGACAACACCAAGGGAGGCCGCCGAAAAGCGUCUGGCAGGGAAUGGCCCCCUUCCAACAGUCGAUGAGAUGCACGACUACAAAGGCUGCUAUGCAGUCUUCGACCUCGAGCCACGACCUGAAUACCUCAUCUAUGCGCGCGCAAAGGAUAUCGACAAUGAGAUCAAGACGCGAUACCUCGAGGAGUCGUUUGCCGCCCACCCGGACAAGGGAGGCACCACCGAGGACAUGGCAAAGAUCAACUUGGCAUACGAAAGGGUUGAAACCGUUGCCAAGCGCAUCGCCUACCACAACAAGACAAUAAAAUAG